AUGCUUUUACACACAUUCUUUGACGAUUCAAAAACUUCAGUUGAGGAGACACCAAGGAUGUUUGUUGCCAGACUAUUUGGUAGCCCAGUAUCGACGUCCGUCAUACCAUUUGAAAAGGAAAGUAAUAACAACAACCAGGAAAACACAAAAAUGCCGCUCGACCCAAUGGACUCGUUGUGGAUGUCAAAGGCUCCACAAGUAAGUGAUCUUGUCGUUCAACCAAAUGUCACCUUCAAAGCGGUGACUGGUGGUUCAGCUCACUCCACCAGUUCCAGCAUUCCCAUUGCUGGAGCUGAUGACUCUAUUCGCCCAGAUUUCGACACUGACUGUCUCUGGAAGCCACCAACUCGCUCGGGACGUGUCCAGAAAGAGAGAACCAUUUCAAUGGAUUCAACUGACUCAGAAAUUGGAGCUCUUGGAGGUCGCAAAUUCUCUACACAGGAAGGCUCGAGUCCGGCUCCAACAUCACCAAUCGAGGCCCAACCACGUGCUCGCCGCAUGUCCAUUUCGGAGAUGUUGUUCGGUUCGUCGCCAAAGAGCUUCUCGUGGGGAAUGGACUCGUCCAACAGCGGAGCCACCAACACUACUACUACUACCACUGCUGGAGGCGCUGACAUUGGCGAGAGAAAGAUGUCAAUCACUGAUGAUCCACGCUUCAAAGACUUCAUGAAGCAUCAGAGCAAGAUCAUUGGUGACGAUGGAAUUUCGGCUGCCGGCUUCAAGAGAAGCAACUACAUGAAGGAUUAA